AUGAGUCUCGACAAAUUCGGACGUGCAUCAGAAGUACGUAAAUCUCGUAACUUAGUUGCGUCUGCUAGCAUUGGUUUAGCGCACACUCCUGAUGGAGAUACUGAUAUUGAAAAUUUAAAAGUUUGCAACGUAAAGACACCUACUUUAAAUACUGAUGCUGUUAAUAAAGGAUAUGUUGAUCAACAUCUUAGAAAUGUCAGCAAUGAGGUAAUUAACAAUAAACAAAUAUUAUCACAACAUGAGAAACAAAUUAAACUACAUGGUAAUGAUGUAAACGGUUUAACUAAACAAUUACAUGAUCUAAAAGAGGAGCUACAUACAACAAAAUUUCCUACUUUCGAAAAACAUCUUAAUGAAAUAAAUGAAUUUAUUUCAAGAAAUCCUCCUACCGCCUCCAAACAUAUGGCGACAAAAAAGUAUGUGGAUGAUGUGAUUGUAAUAACAAAAAAAUUUAUUAGAGCUGAUUUAAAAAAGGAAGUGACUAUGUUCACAGAUGAAUUAAAUGAUAAAAUAAAAACUAGUAAUGUUAACUUGACGCAACUAAAUAUACUAUAUCAAAACCAUAUUGACGACAUUAAUAGAAAAUUUGAUAUUUUAUAUAAGAAAGAUUUUAAACAACUUCAUGAUGAUUUAACGACACAAAUUAAUAAUUUAAAAUCAUUGGUGAUGAUGCCUAAAGAAAAUUUGAUGCACACCGAAUUUUAA